UGGUCUCUGAUAACCUUUAAUGAACAUUUGCUGUUAAGGAAUGAAUGAUACACCAUUUGUAUUUUGUUUAUAGUUAAGACAUGAGUAUUGGGAAGAAGAGAGCAUUUGUAGUAUUUAAGAGAUAUAAAAUUGUUUAUACUGAUGAUGAAGAGGAAGUUUGCUUCUUACAUACUGUAUCUUUUUCUUUUCUUUUUUCUUUUGCAUACUUUCUAUUUUUUCUUUUCUUUUUUUCUUUUUUAUUUUUUGUAGCUUGUAUUAGUCUUUACUUUUUCUGAUGAAUCUUUAAUAAAAUUAUUUCUCAUAAUUCUUAUUUCUAGUCCUUCAAUUUUCUGUAGCAUACUAAUCUUUCAUAGUAAUGUUGAUGAUGCAAUUUCUUCUCUGAGCUUGCUAGCCAUAUCUCUUUGCUGGCCAUCUACUGAAGGAAAAAGGUUUCAUGUUGGAAAAUAUUUGUUAUAAUUAAUUUGCUAGUCAUGCAUUUAAGAGAUAAUGUUAUUUGAAACCUGGCUUAUCUAAAACUCCAGCUUUUCUAGGUCUUCUUCACAUGUCAUCUACUAACUUGGAGUACAUUCCACAGCCUAAUUACUUGGCCCUUACUGUGUGGACUGUAACACUUCGUUCCCAAUUCAUUGUUUGUUCUUAAUAGGUCAUUUCUGACAGUGCUGAUAAAUCUGAGUUUCUGAUUUCUCUUUCAAGAUAUUUAGAUUGAAGCGCCAUGAUCAAAUUUUUCCUGAUGGUGAAUAAACAAGGCCAAACAAGGCUUUCUCGUUACUAUGAAUACAUGGACCUUCAUAAGCGGACAGUUCUGGAAGCUGAAGUAAUCAAGCAGUGCCUUUCUCGUACAAAGGAGCAAUGCUCCUUUCUUGAGUACAAGGAUUUUAAGUUAGUCUAUAGACAGUAUGCUGCUCUUUUCAUAGUAGUUGGAAUCAAUGAAACAGAGAAUGAGAUGGCUGUAUUUGAACUGAUUCAUAAUUUUGUUGAGGUUUUGGACAAGUAUUUCAGCAGAGUGAGUGAAUUAGAUAUCAUGUUCAAAUUAGACAGAGUGCAUAUAAUUUUGGAUGAAAUGGUUCUAAAUGGUUGCAUUGCAGAAACCAACAAAACCAGAAUUCUUGCACCUCUUUUGGUUCUUGAUAAAAUGGCAGAAACCUAGAAGAAACAAGCCAGAAAAUAAUAUUGUACAUAUUUGAAAACAUUCUUCAAAUAAAAAGGACAGUUUUUGAGUUUUUUGCCAAAUUGUGAAUAAUUGUUUUCAGACUAAAAGAUUACUUAAGCGAAUGUUUAGCACUCAUCAUCUUCUUGUAAAAUUACAUUUUUUGCUACCAUGCCAAAUGUUUUUGAAGUUUGUAAUAUGCUUAAGGAAUUAAUCUUUAUAUAUAAAUAUGGAUGUGUGUGUCUUUAUUUAUUGAUCAUUUAUCUUGCCACAAUCAAAAGCAGCUUCUUUGUGACUUGCAACAAUAAAAAAAAACAAUAAAAAUUGAAAAUAUACAUCUCAACAAAACAACAACAAAAAACAUAUUUUACAAAUAGCAUCUGGCAUCCGCCUAUAAACUACCUGAAGGAAAUCUGUGUUUAAGAGCUUCUGAAAUGAAAUGAAGUGACUGAAGUUGGGGGCCAGACAUACUUCCUGCAGGAGGCCACUCUUCAGACUGGCCUGAAGUGGGACCUCCCCAAAAUGGAGGACGAUCAUCCACUUCUCAAAGAGGUUGGGCAAAUUCAGUGGAGAGAGGAGAUCCUGAAGGUAGCCCAGCAUCAAGCUACAAAGAACUUUCUAAUUUAAAACAGGACUUGGCAUUGCCAACAAAUGGGUGUAAUACAUGACCACCAGCAAGCACCGGGGCUACUGCAUUUUGCACCAACUGACGCUUCCACUGAUCUUUAAAACCAAUCCCAUGUAGAACACUUUGCAGUAGUAGUCUAUGUGCAUGAUGAUGAGGUCAUAGACUACCAGUCACAUCUGUUGCCCUCAGACAAGUCAUAAUUGGUGCACUAACAGGAGCUGUGCAAAGUCUACUCUGGCCAUAGCUUUUAUGUAAUGAUCCAGAGCCUUGAGGCCAGGAAGACACCCAAGUUGAGUACCUGCUCCUUCAAGGGCAGAAACAAUACACAAGGACAGAGGAACCUUGAUGUACACACAAUAGGUCUGUUUUAGUAGCAUUCAAUUCAAGCCUUCUCUUCCAACUAAAUCCUAAGUUUCCAGGCUUUGAGACAAGCUAUUGACAGCAGCUCUAGUGGGGCUUGAGGUUGUGAUGAGCAGUUUCCAGGUGAGUUCUCCCAAAGACUCCAUAUAGCUAUUAACUAAUGGAGGAAAUAGCAAUAGCAGUUAGAUUUAUAUACCGCUU